CCCACCCUGGCGCCCCAUCACUAUGUCAGAGUCAGAAGAGAAUGGAGAGGGACCCCCCAAGGAGCUCCCACCCUUCCCCGACACCAUGGGGCAGCCCCUGGGGUGGGCGGUGACUGAAGGCAAUGGGGGUGCAGGGGGUGCAGGGACCCCCCCAGGGCAUCGCCAGCGGCGCCCCCCCCACCCCAAGCACAAGGGGCAGGGCACUGGGGGGGUCCAUCGCUCCCCCCGAGCCCUCUUCUGCCUCCGCCUCAACAACCCCAUCCGCCGGGCAGCCAUCAGCAUCGUGGAGUGGAAGCCCUUUGACAUCCUCAUCCUCGCCACCAUCUUCGCCAACUGCGUGGCCCUGGGGGUCUACAUCCCAUUCCCUGAGGAUGACUCCAAUGCUGCCAACCACAACCUGGAGCAGGUGGAGUACGUGUUCCUCAUCAUCUUCACGGUGGAGACCUUCCUGAAGAUCAUCGCCUAUGGGCUGGUCCUGCACCCCAGCGCCUACAUCCGCAAUGGCUGGAACCUGCUCGACUUUGUCAUUGUCAUCGUGGGGCUCUUCAGUGUCAUCCUGGAGCAGGCAUCCCAUAAGCCCGGGGAAGCUCAUCACAUGAGUGGGAAACCGGGGGGCUUCGAUGUCAAAGCUCUCCGGGCCUUCCGUGUGCUCCGACCCCUCCGCCUCGUCUCCGGUGUCCCCAGCCUCCACAUCGUGCUCAACUCCAUCAUGAAGGCCAUGGUGCCCCUGCUGCACAUCGCGCUCCUCGUCCUCUUCGUCAUCAUCAUCUACGCCAUCAUCGGCCUCGAGCUCUUCAUCGGCCGCAUGCACAAGACCUGCUUCUUCAUUGGGUCUGACCUGGAAUCAGAGGACGACCCCUCCCCAUGCGCGUUCUCGGGGCACGGCCGGGCCUGCCUGCAGAACAACACCGAGUGCCGGGGGCGCUGGGAGGGCCCCAAUGGUGGCAUCACCAACUUCGACAACUUCUUCUUUGCCAUGCUCACCGUGUUCCAGUGCAUCACCAUGGAGGGCUGGACUGAUGUCCUCUACUGGAUGCAGGAUGCAAUGGGCCACGAGCUGCCCUGGAUUUACUUCGUCAGCCUCGUCAUCUUCGGCUCCUUCUUCGUCCUCAACUUGGUGCUGGGGGUGCUGAGUGGGGAGUUCUCCAAGGAACGUGAGAAGGCCAAAGCCCGUGGGGACUUCCAGAAGCUGCGGGAGAAGCAGCAGUUGGAAGAGGACCUCCGGGGCUACAUGGAAUGGAUCACCCAGGCCGAGGACCUGGAAGGGGAUGAGGAUGAGCACGAGAAGCACCGCCUGACCGCUGAGGACCUGAUGGGCAAGAGGAAGCCGCGCUUGAAGUGGCUGCGUCACACCAGUCACUCCACUGACACCCAUGCCAGUCUUCCUGGUAGUGAGACCACAUCAGUGAACACCGAGACAGUGGGUGAGGAGGAGGCACAACCGACGGCCUGUGACCGCUGCUUGGGCAAAAUAACAAAGACUAAGUUCUGGCGCCGCCUGCGCCGCCUGAACCGCCUGUGGCGCCGGCGCUGCCGCGGCGCCGUCAAAUCCGUCUCCUUCUACUGGACCGUGCUGCUCCUGGUGUUCCUCAACACCCUCACCAUCGCCUCCGAGCACCACGGGCAGCCCCCGUGGCUCACCCAGACGCAAGCUUACGCCAACAAGGCGCUGCUGUCGCUCUUCGCCGCCGAGAUGGUGUUGAAGCUCUACGCCCUGGGGCCCGCCUGUUACUUCACCAGCUUCUUCAACCGCUUCGACUGUUUCGUGGUGUGCGGAGGGGUGUUGGAGACGGCGCUGGUGGAGCGAGGAGCCAUGGAACCCUUGGGCAUCUCCGUCCUGCGCUGCGUCCGCCUCCUGCGCGUCUUCAAAGUGACGCGGCACUGGGCGUCGCUGAGCAACCUGGUGGGCUCCUUGUUGAACUCCAUGAAGUCCAUCGCCUCCCUCCUGCUCCUGCUCUUCCUCUUCAUCAUCAUCUUCGCCCUCCUGGGGAUGCAGCUCUUCGGGGGACGCUUCAGCUUCGAUGAGACCCAGACCAAGCGCAGCACCUUCGAUACCUUCCCCCAGGCUCUGCUCACUGUAUUCCAGAUCCUGACGGGAGAGGACUGGAACGCGGUGAUGUACGAUGGGAUCAUGGCCUAUGGAGGCCCUGUCUUUCCUGGGAUGCUGGUGUGCGUCUACUUCGUCAUCCUCUUCAUCUGUGGGAACUACAUCCUCCUCAACGUCUUCUUGGCCAUCGCUGUGGACAACUUGGCCGAUGGUGACAACAUCAACUCGGGGGGGGACAAAAAGGAAAAGGCUGGAGAGGUGGAAGCCACCACAGGGAGCCAGGAUGUGAGCGUGAAGGUUGAAGGGGAUCCUGCAGAGGAGGAAGAGGAGGAUGAGGAGGGGGGGGGCAGUGAGGAAGGGGAUGAGGCCGGGGGGGAACGGGACAGCCUGGGGGGGCCCCGAGCGGAGCCCCCCGAGGAGCCCCCCCCCAAGGCCAAAGUGGCACCGAUCCCCGAGGGCAGCGCCUUCUUCCUGCUCAGCAGCACCAACCCGCUGCGGGUGCGCUGUCACGCCCUCAUCCACCACCACAUCUUCACCAACCUCAUCCUGGUCUUCAUCAUCCUCAGCAGCGUCUCCCUGGCAGCCGAGGACCCCGUCCGCGCCCACUCCCCCCGCAACCACAUCUUGGGCUACUUUGACUACGCCUUCACCUCCAUCUUCACUGUGGAGAUCCUGCUCAAGAUGACGGCGUUUGGCGCCUUCCUGCACAAAGGCUCCUUCUGCCGCAACUGGUUCAACCUCCUGGACCUGCUGGUGGUCAGCGUCUCCCUCAUCUCCUUCGGCAUCCACUCCAGCGCCAUCUCCGUGGUGAAGAUCCUGCGGGUCCUGCGCGUCCUCCGGCCCCUUCGAGCCAUCAACCGUGCCAAAGGCCUCAAGCACGUGGUACAAUGCGUCUUCGUGGCCAUCCGCACCAUUGGGAACAUCAUGAUCGUCACCACACUGCUACAGUUCAUGUUCGCCUGUAUCGGGGUACAGCUCUUCAAGGGCAAGUUCUACAGCUGCACCGAUGAGGCCAAACACACCCCCGGGGAGUGCAAGGGCACAUUCCUGGUGUACAAGGACGGGGACGUGUCCCACCCGUCGGUGCGGGAGCGCCUGUGGCACAACAGCGACUUCAACUUCGAUAACGUGCUGGCGGGGAUGAUGGCUCUCUUCACCGUGUCCACCUUCGAGGGGUGGCCUGCCCUGCUGUACAAAGCCAUCGACGCCAACGCCGAGGACCAAGGCCCCAUCUACAACUACCGGGUGGAGAUCUCCAUCUUCUUCAUCGUCUACAUCAUCGUCAUCGCCUUCUUCAUGAUGAACAUCUUCGUGGGCUUCGUCAUCAUCACCUUCCGGGCACAGGGCGAGAGCGAGUACCGCAACUGCGAGCUGGACAAGAACCAGAGGCAGUGCGUGGAGUACGCUCUGAAGGCACAACCGCUGCGCCGCUACAUCCCCAAGAACCGGAACCAGUACCGGGUGUGGGCCAUGGUCAACUCCACCGCCUUCGAGUACAUCAUGUUCGUCCUCAUCCUCCUCAACACCAUUGCUUUGGCUGUGCAGCACUAUGAGCAGUCAAAGCCCUUCAACUACGUGAUGGAUCUACUGAACAUGGUGUUCACGGGGCUCUUCACCGUGGAGAUGGUGCUCAAGAUCAUUGCCUUCAAACCACGGCACUACUUCUGUGAUGCCUGGAACACCUUUGAUGCCCUCAUCGUGGUGGGGAGCGUUGUGGACAUCGCUGUCACUGAGGUCAAUAACGGGGGGCACGUCGGCGAGAGCUCCGAGGACAGCUCCCGCAUCUCCAUCACCUUCUUCCGCCUCUUCCGGGUGAUGCGCUUGGUGAAGCUGCUCUCCAAGGGCGAGGGCAUCCGCACCCUGCUCUGGACCUUCGUCAAGUCCUUCCAGGCCCUGCCCUACGUCGCCCUCCUCAUCGCUAUGAUCUUCUUCAUCUACGCCGUCAUUGGCAUGCAGACCUUUGGGAAGGUGGCACUGCAGGAUGGGACCCAGAUCAACCGCAACAACAACUUCCAGACCUUCCCCCAGGCCGUGCUGCUGCUCUUCAGGUGUGCCACGGGGGAGGCCUGGCAGGAGAUCAUGCUGGCCAGCCUCCCUGGCAAGCGCUGCGACCCGGAGUCGGAUGCAGGCCCCGGUGAGGAGUUCACCUGCGGCAGCAACUUCGCCAUCGCCUAUUUCAUCAGCUUCUUCAUGCUCUGCGCCUUCCUGAUCAUCAACCUCUUUGUGGCCGUCAUCAUGGACAACUUCGAUUACCUCACCCGGGACUGGUCCAUCCUGGGCCCCCAUCACCUCGAUGAGUUCAAACGCAUCUGGUCCGAGUACGACCCCGCAGCCAGAGGCCGCAUCAAGCACCUGGACGUGGUGACGCUGCUGCGCCGCAUCCAACCCCCGUUGGGCUUUGGGAAGCUCUGCCCGCACCGCGUCGCCUGUAAGCGCCUGGUAGCCAUGAACAUGCCCCUGAACUCGGAUGGCACCGUCACCUUCAACGCCACCCUCUUCGCCCUGGUCCGCACCUCCCUCAAGAUCAAGACAGAAGGGAACCUGGAUGUGGCCAACAAGGAGCUGCGCGCCGUGGUCAAGAAGAUCUGGAAGAGGACAAAGCCCAAGUUGCUGGAUGAGGUCAUCCCCCCACCGGAGGGAUUACUUCCGCAAGUUCCGGAGGCGGAAGGAAAGGGGGAUGCUGGGUCCCAAUACUGGGCCCAGUAAUGAGUGUGCGCUGCAGGCCGGGCUGCAGACCCUGCAGGCGCUGGGCCCCGAGAUGCGGCGGGCGCUGAGCUGCGACCUCGAGGGGGAGGACGCUCAGAACGGCCCCGUCGAGGAGGAAACGCGGACCUACGCCG